CUGCCCCAUUCAGUACUCACGACGAUUCUUAGACAGCGAUUUAUUAGCCUAAUUCUGCUGCCGGUCGGUGCGGCACAGACCUUUGACCGGCGCGAUUCGCGGUUGAUUGUUUUCAAUUGUGUUUCAAUGAAUGUUCGAUUUACGAUUUUCAUACACACAUUCCAGUUGAUCGGCAGUAUCGGCUGGCACAGAGAUUGCAAAACAGGUGAAUGACAGUUUACUGCCCACGAGCAUGGCAAGGCGCAUGCGCUACAAUUACGCUUCGUCCUGAAAUAGAUUCGUUCAUUCCAAUUUCGCUGUAAAAUACGCAUGAGGCAAUCGUCGGCGUGAAUGUCGUGUUUUGUCAAGUGAAAACAUCGUAUGAGGACGGUAUUUCUUGUCGCUGAUUACAAUGCCACAAUCCGAAGAUGACAUUGAUCUUGACGGAGUGCUGCGCCAAAUCGGCCAAUUCGGUCGGUUCCAAAUUCGACAAUAUGCCUUCAUGGUUAUUCCCAUAAUAUUCAAUGCUUUUUUCACUUUGAGCUACGUAUUCACCGCGGGAAACUUGAAUUACAGAUGCCAAGUUCCCGAUUGCGAUGAUGUAGUUACUAGCUUUCAUCCAGGAUGGCUUAACAACUCUACGCCAUUUCAUGAUGGUGAACCAGCCCAAUGUGAACGAUAUCUUCAGAUUAGCAAUACGAGCUUAGACGAUUUCUACUGUGAUGCCAAUGCCUUUGAUAGAAGUAACACAAUUAAGUGCGACAAUUAUAUAUAUGAAGAUGAAGAAGUAACAAUAGUGAAAGAUUUCGAUAUACACUGUUCAGAAAACGACUGGAAGCUAACCCUAGUUGGUAUUAUCAACAACAUAGGACAGUUUGUGGCACUUCCGAUUGCAGGGUACCUAUCAGAUCGCUUCGGCCGACGCUUGGUGCUGUUAUUGAGUGUCGCCGGUAGUGCAGUAUUUGGUGUAAUCCGGUCGUACGCAACCAGUUACGAAUGGUUUCUUAUAAUGGAGUUUCUCGAUCCAGCCAUCGGAUCUACCAUGUACACCACCGCUUUCAUCCUCGCUCUGGAACUAGUGGGUCCUAAAAUGCGCGUAUCCGGAAACAACGUGAUCUCUUGUGCCUUUUCAUUCGGGGAAGCCAGCCUCGGUUUACUGGCGAUGUUCUUCCGCAACUGGCGAACGCUGCUAAAAGUACUUUACAUACCAGGCAUUGUUUCGUUACCACUGUUAUGGAUGACGUCUGAGAGUGUUCGUUGGUUGAUCUCCAAAGGUGAACGUGUGAAAGCUAUCGGAAUUCUUAAGAAAGCUGCUAAAAUGAACGGAAAAACUUUACCACCGUCGACCCUCGAAAGCUUCUACCCGAGCCAAAGCAGUGAAGAAAAAUCCGAUCUGAAGGCUAAUGCAGGGUUCUUCAAGUUACUGGGUGAAGCGUUCCGAAACCCGGGUCUUUUGUUGAGGGUUGCCAAUUGCUCUUUUUGCUGGUUGACAAACGUUCUGGUUUAUUACGGAUUGAGUCUAAACUCGGUGACUUUAGCCGGAGAUAAAUAUCUUAAUUUCAUUUUGGUGUCGCUGAUAGAGCUUCCGGGAUUUCUCAUAAUGCAACUGAUAUUAGACCGUGUGGGCCGCAGAAUAACUCUGUGCACAACGAUGCUGCUGUGUGGUUUAUUCUGCUUCCUCUCCGAGUUCAUUCCAACAGGUAACGCUUGGUUGAGUCUGAUAAUGUUUCUGGUAAGCAAAAUGACCAUUACCAUGUCAUUCGGAACCCUGUACAUCUACACGGUUGAGAUCUUCCCUACAAACCUGCGUCAAAGUUUGCUGUCUGUUUGCUCAAUGUUUGGACGAAUUGGAUCGAUGAUUGCACCACAGACGCCGCUGCUAGCUAAAGUGUGGACCCCACUGCCAAUGGUUAUUUUCGGUACGAUUGGUAUUACAUCUGGUUUGGCAAUUCUACAGUUUCCAGAAACACUCAAUACUCAACUACCUAACACAGUACAAGAAGCAAUGAGGAUUAACAUGACGGAAGAAAAAAAUAAUAAAAGCAUGAAUGAAUUUUCCUAGUAAAA